GUCCAGGGUCGCAUGCUUGACGUCGCAGUAUUUAAUGGUGAGCAGCAGCUGCUCCCGACCACACCGACCCAGCAAACAUGGCCGGACGAGACCGAGUCGUUCACCUGCUCAGACAGCUCGAGCGCGCCGCGUGCAGAUGUCCUGCUCACUCCAACACUUUCCACCAAGGUGCCGGAGCUGUGACCUGCACCGUCCGGAAAACGGACUAUGCCUUCGAGAUGGCGAGUUCCAACAUCCGAUAUGGAGACGGAGUGACCAGAGAGAUCGGCAUGGACCUGCAGAACCUCGGAGCCCAGAACGUGUGUCUGAUGACGGAUAAGAACCUGUCGCUGCUGCCUCCGAUGAAGGCCGUCCUGGAGUCUCUGGCCAAGAGCGGAGUCAAGUACAAAGUGUACGACAACGUGCGGGUGGAACCCACCGACACCAGUUUUAAAGAUGCCAUCACAUUUGCUAAAAACCACUCGUUUGAUGUGUUCUUGGCGGUGGGCGGCGGCUCCGUGAUUGACACUUGUAAAGCAGCCAAUCUGUACUCGUGUCACCCCGACGCCGACUUCCUGGACUUUGUCAACGCUCCAAUCGGUAAAGGGAAGGUGGUCACCGCCCCUCUGAAGCCGCUCAUCGCAGUGCCGACGACCGCAGGGACCGGCAGCGAGACCACCGGAUCUGCCAUCUUUGACUACGAGCCUCUGAAAACCAAAACUGGUAUCGCCAACAGAGCCAUCAGACCCAUCCUGGGCAUCGUGGACCCGCGGCACACACUGAGCAUGCCUGAGAGAGUCGCCGCCAACAGCGGCUUCGACGUCCUCUGUCACGCUCUGGAGUCGUACACCGCUCUGCCCUACCACCAGAGGGCGCCCUGCCCCCCCAACCCCAUCAACCGCCCCACCUACCAGGGCAGUAACCCCAUCAGUGACGUGUGGUCCCGCCACGCCCUCAACGUGCUCGCCAAGUACAUGAAGAGAGCGGUGCGGGACCCCGAGGACCUGGAGGCUCGGUCCAGCAUGCACCUGGCCAGUGUGUUCGCCGGCAUCGGCUUUGGAAACGCAGGAGUUCACCUGUGUCACGGGAUGUCGUAUCCGGUCGCCGGCAACGUCAAGUCUUUCUUAGCCAAGGAUUACAGUGCGGAGCACCCCCUGGUGCCUCAUGGUCUCUCUGUGGUCGUCACCUCUCCAGCCGUCUUUAACUUCACAGCCCCGAUGUGUCCAGAACGCCACCUGGAGGCUGCGGAGAUCCUCGGUGCAGACAUCCGGCAGGUGAAGAGGGAGGAUGCUGGUGCCGUUCUGGCCGACACGCUGCGUCAGUUCCUGUUCGAUAUGCAGGUGGAGGACGGACUGGGAGCGCUGGGAUACACCAAGGACGACAUCCCAGCUCUGGUGAAGGGAACCAUCCCUCAGGAGCGAGUGACCAAACUGUCCCCCAGAGAGCACAGUGAGGAGGACCUGAGUCAGCUGUUUGAGGCAUCCAUGAAGCUCUACUGAACACACACACACACACACACACACACACACACACACACACACACACACACACACACACACACACACACACUAAACUAACGCUCCGUCCUUGUUGAUCUGCUCUCAGGUCUGUGGUGUGCUGAGCUGCAGUUCUUCUAACAGCUACUAGUUGUUGCUGCGCCAGCUGCAGAUGUCUGAUCAAUGAACAUAUUGAUUUAAUAUUGACUGCAAGAUGUGAAUAAAGACUGUGAACACAA